UUCUUCACUUCAUUGCUUUUGUACUAUAUAAACACACGAGAGAGCAGAGCACCAUCAUCAAACAAUUUCAAACAAACUAAAAGAAGAAAAAGAUAAAAACUUUAAUCAUGGUGGGGCACAGGACGGCAACAAAGCCAAGCCGGAGCGACGAGGUGUUGGAAGCUGAUGAGCAGCUCAAGAUCGCCAACCAGAUCAGAGCUCAGUUCGACUCUGCAGCCCCAAAGCGACCCAUCAAGCCAAAUAGAAGCGAGCCCGAUUCUUCAUCAUCAUCAUCAACACCAAACCCAGUUGACUAUUCCAUCGUUGACCAACCCAACAUUCCAGAGCUCGACAAGUUCCGUUCUCUCCAAUCUCAAUCCCCUGUUAUACUCUCAUCAGCAGAGGGAGCUACCACAGUACAAGAUGAGUUUGUGGACACAGAGUACUACAAGGAACUCAAUUCCAUUGACAAGCAACAUCACAUGACUGGAAGUGGGUUUAUAAAGGUCGUAAGAGAAGGGGGAAGCGACUUUGAUGGGUUGGAUCUUCAGCUGGCUCAGAGCCAUGAUGAUGUCAUAGUGGGAUUGAUGAAGAUCAGAAGCAACCCUGCAACAAAUGACUGGGUUCCCCGGACUGAUGAAGAUGAGGUCCUUGUUAACUCCUCAAAGCCAAAUCGGAGUGAGAGCUCUUAUUAGAUUUCUGCAUUGAUAAGGAGAAGGCUUGGAACUUUCACAUUCAUGAAUAAAUUUCCUUUGAAAUUCAAUUCAAGCACCGACUUUGGGACUGGUUUUUCUUGUUCUUCUUUGUUUAAAGGAGUUGUAGGUUGUUCUUAUCCAUUUCCAUAGUUAAUGUUAUUAUAUUCAGUUGAUGUGUCAUUAUGAGAACGAUGGAUAAGUUGAAAACUUGUAGACGACAGGAAAAAGAACAGAAAGAGUAUUAUAUUUAGGCCA